AUGGACCCUGACGAUAAGGUUUUAGAAAUGAAAGAUUAUCCUUGUCACAUUCAUUCUUUUCAUAUUAAAGGCACCAAAAGAACUCGUCAAUCACUUUUUGAAUCAGUUAUCAAUCCAGCACUUGGAGCUAAAACUUUUUCAAAAAUUCUUAAUGAAAUUAAUAUCGCAGCCGAUAAAUUACAAAGGCUUGAUAUUUUUCAGUAUCCAAUUUAUAUAGAAUUCGAUUGUAGUAAAGAUCCUUUGGCUCAACCAGAUGCAAUUGAUGUGAUAUUAUCAGUGGAAGAGAAAAGUCGAUUUUGGAUAAAGACUGGAACUGAGAUUGGAAAUGAUUCUGGUAGUGCGAAUAUUUCUCUAAAUAUUCGUAAUGUAUUUGGUGGUGCCGAAACAUUGGAGGCAUUUAUGUCUGCCAGUACUCAAACUUCUCAUGUAUUUGAGUUUUGUUUAGCAAAACCAAUUAAUGGAAAUCCAGAUUCCAAGAUUGAUAUUACUGCUUUUAGUUUAACUAGAAACAAUCAAAAUUUUAGUUCUCAUGAUGAAAUCUUACGUGGUGUUGCAUUAAGAUGGAGAGGACUUUCUCGACUUGGUUUUCAUGAACUUAGUUAUGGUUCAACUUGGAGACAAGUUUGUAAUAUUGCUCAACAAGCUACAUUAAGUAUAAGAGAAUCAGCAGGUCAUUCCUUAAAAUCAUCUUUGACACAUAAUUUUAUACGAGAUAGAAGAGAUGAUAUUAUGUUACCAUCUCGUGGAUAUUAUUUGAGACUCUUUCAGGAAAUUGCUGGAUUGGGAGGAGAUGUUUGUUUCCUUAAAACAGAAACGGAAAGUCAAUUAAAUUUCCCACUUGGAAAAGGAUUUAUUUUAAGUACAUCUUUAAGGAAUGGAUUAUUAUUUCAAACAGAUGGUCAAAAAUCAAAAAUUAGUGAUCGAUUUUUUCUUGGUGGAGCUCAAUCUAUAAGAGGAUUUAAAUUAAACGGGAUUGGUCCUCGAGAAGAUAAAAAGGAUUCACUGGGAGGUGAUAUUUAUGUUGCAGGUGGGUUAAGUCUUUUCACACCUUUGCCCAAAUUACAUCAACAUCCAGUCAAAGGACAUUUAUUUUUAAAUGGAGGAAGCUUGUUACAAUUUAAUCCAUCUCAACCACUUCUCAAAAGUAUCAAGGGUCUUAGUAAAGCACCCAGUGUAUCCGCAGGUAUAGGAAUUGUUUAUCGAAGCAGUAUUUUACGAUUAGAAGUGAAUUUCUGUUUACCAUUAUUAGCAACAACUACUGAUAAAUUACAAAAAGGAUUACAAUUAGGAUUAGGAUUUAAUUUUUGGUAA